GGGAGGGGGCGGUGCGUGGCCGCUCAUUCUCUUUAGUGUUUGUCAAUGUUGGAGGUGUGAGCAGCCCGGCCCGGGAUAGCCAGAGCUAGAGAAUGGCACACAUCAAGGCACCAUCAUCUGCAUCCAUGUGUGACUCUUCUUUUUCUUCUGUGCUACCCACUCCUGCCACCAGUGCCAGUCAGAUGAGUGUGCAAAGCUCCUUAAAUGGGUCAACUACAGAAACGGCCACAGGCAGCCCCCCUGAGAGUUCGGUAGAUUCUUCUUCUUCUUCUUCUUCUUCCUCCUCCUCUGUGAGCUCACCAGGUGUGGCUGCUGAAGAUGGGAAAGCCAAAUUCUUGGAAGUGCCUCUCCAUGAAAACAUGACAAACCCCAAAGAGAAAACGCCAAUGUGUUUGGUGAAUGAGUUAGCCCGCUUUAAUAGGAUUCAGCCACAAUACAAACUUCUGGAUGAAAGAGGACCAGCGCAUUCCAAGUUAUUUACUGUACAGCUGACACUAGGAGAUCAGUCAUGGGAAGCAGAGAGCACAAGCAUUAAGAAAGCGCAACAUGCUGCAGCCAGUCUAGCAUUGUCGGAAACCAAACUCCCCAAACCUGCAGCGAGGCAGAUGAAAAAUAUUAUCAAUAACAACCCAGAAGCUGCUGCACGGCGUGGGAAUGUAUAUUCAUCAACAAGACUCUCUGCUAAAGGCAGCAUAACUCCAACCGUUGAGCUGAAUGGUCUGGCCAUGAAGAGAGGCGAGCCUGCCAUUUAUCGGCCUUUAGAUCCUAAACCACUUCCAAACCAUCGUACCAACUACAAUUAUCGGGGCAUGUACAAUCAGAGAUACCUUUGCCCAAUGCUAAAGACAUUUUAUGUACAAUUGGCAGUCGGCAACAGUGAAUUCUAUGGAGAGGGAAAAACCCGCCAGGCAGCAAGACACAAUGCAGCAUUAAAAGCCCUGCAUGCACUGAGGAAUGAGCCCAUACCUGAGAGAUCAACCGUGCAAAAUGGGGAAACAGGAAGAGGACCUGAAGAAGAUAAGGAUGCAAACAAAUCGGAGAUCAGUCUGGUGUUUGAAAUUUCCCUAAAGCGCAAUCUCCCACUCAGCUUUGAGGUGACCAAGGAAAGCGGCCCUCCACACAUGAAGAGUUUUAUUACCAAAGUGACAGUGGGAGAAUUCACUGCUGAAGGAGAAGGGAACAGCAAGAAGCUUGCAAAGCGGAGGGCUGCUGCAGCAGUACUGCAGGAAUUACGAAAACUCCCUCCUCUUCCUGUAGUUGAAAAACCAAGACUUUACGUCAAGAGACGCCCCAAAACUAUAAUAAAGGCUUCCCCAGAAUAUGGCCAGGGGAUGAAUCCAAUCAGUCGCUUGGCUCAGAUUCAACAGGCUAAGAAAGAGAAGGAACCCGAGUAUGUCUUGCUGUCAGAGAGAGGAAUUCAGCGCAGAAGAGAAUUCAUUAUGCAGGUCAAAGUUGGAGAACAAACUGCCACUGGAGCUGGGCCCAAUAAGAAGACAGCAAAGCGAAAUGCUGCAGAAGCCAUGCUGUUGCAGCUUGGCUAUAAAGCUUCAACCCCAGUUGCAGAGAGCAGUGCAAAGCACGGAGAAGUUCAAGGCUGGGGAGAUGGAGGGUCUGGGACAUCUGACCAAACUAGCACUCCCAAGGGAAUACUGCAUCUCUCUCCCGAUGUCUAUCAAGAAAUGGAAGCCAGUCGCAGUAAAACAGUGCCUGCUCCUGCUGUCAACUAUCUGUCAUCCAAAGAGUUGAGCCAACCAUCCAGCUCAUAUUUUAGCACUCCAGUAGGCCAAAGUUGCACUUCUGCAAUUGCCAGGGAGCUCCUAACCAAUGGAAGCUCCCCUACUGCAGAGGCUAUUGGAUUUGCAGGGAACAACAAGACUUGCACCACAUCCUCUGUGCAGCCUUCUAAACAGCUGGACUAUCUGGCGGGCAUUCAGGGCAUGCAGGUCAGUUACAAUGAUAGACAGAGCGGGAAUGAUUUCAUGACAUGCUUGACACUGUCGCCUGUGCAGAUGACAUUCCAUGGCAUUGGCAACUCUGUGGAAACCAGCCACGAUCAGGCAGCUUUAAGUGCCUUGAAACAAUUUUCAGAACAAGGACUUGAUUCUGUGGAUGGAUCUCUCAUGUCAGAAAAUGGAUUAUUUGAACAAGCCAAGCAUCGUGGAGAGAAGUCAGACACUACGCAGGCUAACUCAGGCACCACUGCUCAGGACUGCAAGGAUCCAAAGGCCAUCGUCUAGGAGCUUUGCGGCGGCGGCCACUGCAUCCUUAUAAACCUGUCAACACGCAAUAGGGUGUACGUGUACAAGGAAACGAAUCACUAAUACCAUUAAACAAGUCUUAUGUGAAGACAACGCUAUCCUAAAGCAAGAGAUAAUAUUGAGUACUGUUUAUACAAAGAGGGGACUUAUAUUAGCGUAAAGCACUUCCCCUGCAAUCUGAGACCACAUUUUUAAUUUAAUGGCUUUAAAACAGCAGAAACCUGAUCUUAUUAGUGCUUCAACUUAGAGUUUAUUAGCAAAAGUGUUAAGAGAACAGUAACUAAACUCCAACCAGCUAAGCUCUUCUAAACAAAAAAAGAAAAAAAAUGUAAAAGAAAAAAUUUAAGAAAAUCACAUUGGUUAGCGGUUUAGUGUUCCGUUUUACUGGUAUUACCAUUUUUUUUUUUUUUUUCGUUUUGUUUUAGUAAAUGCUUUGAUAUUUUAAAACUUAACCAAUGACAGUGCUUAGUGCUUGUGAAAGUUGUAGUUGUUGUCUUCAUAUAUAGUCACGGCUUAUCUUUUCUGGAGCGAAAUUGCAGUCUUCACUCUAUCCAUUACAGCAUUUAGCAGAAGAUCCAGACUAACCAAUUGUAUCAUGCCCGACAUUUGCUUAAAAACAUGAGCUGAUGUUUGUAGCAUUGAGUCACAGUGUGCCCAAGAUUCUGCAGUUUAGAUCCAACCCACCCUCGAUAAGUAGUAAGCAGAAAGAUCUUGUUUUUAAUUUGGGUUUUUAAUUAUUUUAGGAUUCCCCCCCCCCCCUUUCUCCUGCCCUCCACGCUGUUGUGUGAUGAACAUUUACACCCAUUGUGUUGUAAUGACUCACAGUUACAUCAACUGAGUGUUUUUAAUACCUGCAUUCUGCGCUCUUGACAUCUGCUAGCCCAGAGAUGAAAAGCAUGUAACACUGACCACAAAGCGGUAUUAUGAGAGUUAACAUUUCUAUGGCUGGAUAGACACUGUCAGUAUGGCAAAAGAGUUUUCUUCUUCUGUUUUGGUUUUGUUUUCGACCUGUGUACCAUCUUGUUUUGAGACAGUGUUAUAUGGCCAAAUGCAGUAAAACCACAUCAGUUCAUGUGUAAACCGCC